UCCUCUUCAUCAUGGCCUCUGUGUUUGUCCCAGUGGCCUACGUUAUCAUUGUCUUUGGUGGCCUCUUCAUUUUCAGCUACUUUUAUAGGAAACACACAUCAACCCGAGUUUACGAACCCUAUUUUCCUUCACAUCCAGAACGCAAUGCAUACGUCACACUCCUUCAAAUGACGGACCCGCCCGCCUCGGACGCGCUAUUAAAGUCAGCUCUGGUUCGACGUGCCAUGGCCGAUGUUCAGCGUGUGUUGCGUAUUCGUGAAGACAAGCCUGCGCUACAAAAUUUGCUUCAGAAAGGUUCAGUGGGAGAUGAUCUGUGGAAUAGUCUACUUGCCGCUGAGAAGGAACUGGAAGCUGAGAUAGUGGAAGUCGUUGCAGAGGCAAAUUCUUUUGUGGAAGGUUGGGGGCAGGUAAUCUUCCCAACGGCGAACGAGAUGCUGGCAAAUGAGAAGAUGCGCGCUGUGUUUGAGCGUACCAACGAGGUCAAGGCUGAAAUAGAGGACAAAUUUGAGCUCAGAUCGAAGAGUUCUGCGUCACAGGCGCUACCAUCAGCUGCAACCACAAAGCCCGGUAAUGCACUUUCGCCCCCGCAACAGGGCACAGAAAGUAUAGUGUCGAGCGACGGGGAGGGUAGUUCCAAACCUGGUAAAAAGAUAAAAAAGCGGAAGUAGGUAGAUUUUGUAUAUAUACCCUUGUUACAUAUAUUUGCUACCUUUUCCUGGGAUGUUCCUUCAGCGCGAUAUUGAAUUGACCAGUACGAAUGAUAACAAAA